UUGGAUUUCGAGCAGGCUCUGCAGGGUCAAGGGACCGUAAUACUCAAGGAAGGUGUCGAUAUUAACACUCUUGGAGUUGUUGAAAGUCCUUCACCGGCUCCAUUGCCAAAAUCCCCCAAAUACGACCCCAAAUAUAGAACUCCUUCGAGCAACACAAAGAAACCCCAGCCUUCCACACCAACAAUCGUGCCACCCACACCAUCACCUGUUGCUGGGCCUUCCAACGCAAAGAUACCCCAAAUGUCGCCGUCAAACGACUUUUUCAGCGACAAUGAUGAUGACAAUACCACACGGCACGUAAAUCGUCGCUCUAUGUAUCGUUCACCCGGUACUUCGAGCAGCCCUGAUCUUGCAACUCUUCUUCGAAAAGCCAAAGAACGAGGUGGCCUGGUUAGCUCUGCUCAUUUCCAACGAGAUAGACGGAGAGAAUCUCCUCCUCCCUUACCACAGUUCCCAAACUCUCCGUAUACCUCGCCAAUGCCCAAAAGCAAAGGCCACCAGUCUCAUAUACAUCCUGGAGAUAUGAGUGGUGGGUCAGAGUGGAUAUUGGCUAGUCCAAAUGACAGCGGCAGCUCGCCAGGCAAGGUGCACACUUUUCUUGGUAAAAUGCUGGGCCAGAAUACUGUUAGGGAACGAUCUAAAACUGACGCAAGUUCUCCUUCAACUUCUCAUUCCAACUCCUCUUUGUAUGAUGCUUUUACUCCUCCGGUACCACCCCUUCCUAUGGGGAGUAGACCGAUUCCUUCAACCUCACCUAUUGCCGACGUAUUUUCUUCGAGUGCUCUCCGGCCCUCAUCACCUUCGAUAUCUAAACCUUUACCUCCCAUCAUGACUACUGGAACUCGGGAGAUCGAAGAUGAACGAUCCAUGGUCUUUGUCGACAUGAUGCCUUCGGAUAAUACCACUGUCAAAGGCAAACGUCGUAGCCUCAGCGUUAGCCGUAUUGAUACCAGCAGCGUUAUGGCAGGUGCUAUCUUGGGUGGACCUCCUCGCACGCCAGACCGUUCACCGUUACGAACUCCUGUUACCGAGAACGAUGGUCUCUCAGGCGGCAGGAUCGAAGAUACCACACUCAAUGGCAUCAUAACCCACUUCAAAGGUGAACUUUCACAACUAGAUCCUAUCACUGUUUCAAAUUUGGACCUUCGGGACCCUUCCACCCCAGCCCGUCGCGCAGCGCUUUUGAAUCCCAACACUAAUGGUUAUUCUCAAGGUGGCCAAGACUCGGAUUCAAAACACGCAUCAAUGAUGCCCACAGUGACGUUACAGCCACCGUUCCGGACAGAAGAAACUGCUCAAGAGUUGGAUGUGCGAUCUGUACCCCCUUCACCAUCAGCGCAUAGAGUAUCCACCGUGCUUUCGAAUUUGGAUCCAGCCACUAAUCCUCGGAAUCUGUCGCUGCAAACAUCCUUACGCUCCUCUUUAGGUUCUGCUGGUGGUGGGACGACUUCAGCGCGGAAUAUGCACCGUCAGAGUCUUAGUCCACUUAGAUCAAGAAGUGGACCUGCCGAGUCGUUGACAUAUAGUAAUUUACCAUCACCUCAUUUAACGGGCGCUAGUUCUGCUCGUGGUCUCCGGGUGAUUCAUCGGUCAACUGCGUCAAGUUCAGAACCGUCAUUGAUACCAACUGUUGUCGCGGCUGAUGGUGCGCGGAUAGGUACACGCGGCAGUACAUCUGCUGUUAGUGGCAGUGGAAACUAUGCCACUUCUGGAGGAGAUGAAUCACCCGACAUGGAAGUCAGAGGUCAAGAACUGGCAUCUCGUUGCUGGAACGAAGACGAAGAGUUCCUGGGGAAGGAAAAAAUAGCAGAAUGGUUGGGCGGGAUCGGACGCAUCAAUAAAUCCGCGCUUCAGCAUUACAUAUCCAACUUUGAUUUCUCCGGACUCAGAUUGGAUGUGGCCUUCAGACGUCUGUGUGCAAAACUCUACCUCAAGGCUGAAACGCAGCAAGUUGAUCGUAUACUCGAGGAAUUCAGUCGACGGUAUUGGGAGUGCAACCCGAAUACUUUGUAUGGUAGUUCCAAUCUUGUCCACGCUGUUGCCUACUCUCUACUCCUUCUCAAUACUGACCUGCACGUUGCGGAUCUCACAUCACGCAUGUCACGCAGUCAAUUCGUUCGAAAUACCCUUGCGGCCAUUCAGAUGCAGCUGCAACCUUCCUCCUCCACGUCGCCCAAGGCAUCAUCGCCCGAUGUCUAUGAUGAAUCUGGAAGUCUUCCUGUUUCGGAGGGGUCAGAACUAGAUACCAUCACUCGAUCAAAGAGAAGUGAUAGUAUCACGAGCUGGAACAGUAUCUCGAGAGAUACGAUUUUGUCUUCGCCCGCUUUAUCACUGGCGACUUCUCAGGCUACAACACCGAUUGUAGAGAACGACUGUACACCGAAUAUCUCUGACCUUCAGUCGUCUACAACUUCCAUGGCUUCUUCCAAUAUCGUCUACGGACGUGCUUGGGAAGCUAGCAUGGAAAAUCUUUUGAAAGAAAUGUACAACGCCAUCAAGAGUCAGCAAAUACUCCAGCCUUUGAAUGUCAGCAGGACAUCAAUGUCUUCCUCACUAAGUCCAGGAGGGCCAAUGUUAAGGAACCGCAGCCUACGAGGACCUCCUGAUAGGUUGACGACACUGAAAAGAGGCAGCAUACGAGGUAUACAAUCUAUUGUAGGACAGGGAGGAGUUAGUCCAUACAGUAGUAAUAGCAGUAUUGACGGUCGUGCCAGUCCAUCGCCCAGCUUUGCUACUUCGACGCACGAGGCCAUCUAUGGUUCAAGCUCCUCCUUCCUUUCACCGACGCUCGGCUUCGCCUCUAAUCUUAGCCAUACGAUUAUCCGUGAAACACAAGAGGAUGACGAUCGUAGUGUGCACAGUGAUAAUUCAACUGGUACAUCUAUAAGUAUUACUGACGAAGAGCUUGCUCUGUUGGGAGCUCCAUGGGCGAAGGAAGGUAUGCUUUGCCGGAAGCAGUAUUGGGAGUCUGCGAACAAACGAUCCAAGGACAAAGCCUGGCUCGAUGUUUUUGUUGUCAUUCAGAAGGGAGAACUGAACAUGUUUACUUUUGGCGAGAACGGCGGGGGAGGAUCAGGCGUCUUUGGAGGUGGAAACUGGCUGUCCAAUGCCAAUUCCGUCGGUGUCGUUCAACUAUCCCACUCUUUAUCCCACGCCUUACCGCCUCCAGGCUACAAUCGACAACGACCCCAUUGCAUGGUCCUCACCCUCUCCAAUGGCGGAGUAUACUUCUUCCAGGCCGGUACCGAGGAACUAGUCAAUGAGUGGGUAUCCACCUGCAAUUACUGGGCUGCUCGAACAAGCAAAGAGCCUUUAUCCGGCGGUGUAUCCAACAUGGAAUAUGGUUGGAACCGUGUACCAGACCCCGCUCAUGGACGUUCUCACUCGGACAGUGAAUCAGUGCGAGAUAGUGAUGUGACAAGUGUCCGAAGUAAUAAGAGUGCUCGAAGUAGGUUCAAUUGGCGGGAAGGGUCGGCCACUGUUCGUGGACAAUCCCCUUGGAACGAUCGGAUACAUAUCAAUGACUGGAAACCGCCUAUGCCGCCAACGGUUGCUAGCCUGCACGAUGAAGAAACUCAGAUGGAUGCUUUGAAAAAGUAUGUCAAAUCGUUGAAAAGGGACUUGCAGAAACACAACGAACUGCGGGAGCCUAUGUCUGCAUUGUAUCAACCUCGUACGAGCAAUGCAGUCAAGGCGAUGAGUAAUUGGGAGAAGAAAUCUCAAUAUUUAUUGACGGAGAUUGUUAAGUACGAUUCGUACAUUGAUUCUCUUCAAGCUGCGAUGUCUCUGCGACUCAAAAAACGGGGCGAAAAAGGCGAGCUCAACUAA